AUGGAGAAAGGCGGUUGUCUAAUGAACCACUGCAUCGCCAUUCCUUUGAAUGUUGAAGGCAAUAAUCUGCACUUCACCGCGUCCGUUGCCCCACCAAUUACCAUUUUGGUGUUGAAAUACCUCAGAUGUUCCAUGGGAUCAGAGUCGCCUGAGAAGGCGUCUAAUGCCAUUGUUUGUAGAUGCUUUGGUAUGUCCACCUUGCAAGUGCCUAGAAGUUUUGUGAAGAGGCACUGGCAAGGAAUAUCAACUGUUGUUUCUCUAAGGCUUCCAAACGGGACUCAGUGGGAAGUUUAUUGGCUGAAACGCGAUGGCGAAGUUUAUUUUCGCAAUGGUUGGAAAGAAUUUGCAGAACACUUGUCUUUGGAUGUGUCACAGAUUGUGUUGUUUGGGUACGAAGGAAAUUCGUGCUUGAAUGUGAUUGUGUUGGGUAAAAGCGCGUUAGAAAUAGAUUACCCUAAUUCCAAAGAUGAUAAUAAUACUUCUCUUGAUCAAGAAGAAGAAUGUGAAGAGGUUCAUGAAGUGAUUAUGAUCAUACCACACAACUUUGCUAGACAACACCUGCACAAGAUGGAGGGUGAAAUGGUUAUCCUUUUUGUUGACAACAACAAUGAAAGAACUUGGGAUGUUGAGUUAAAGCUCAACACCGCUGCUCAAUUAAUAUUUGCACUUGGUUGGAGGAAAUUUUUGAGGGCCAACAAUUUGAAAUUGGGUGAUGUUUGUGCUUUUGUUCUAAACAGCAUAUCCAAUAGAGUUUCACUCAAAGUUGUUAUUUAUCCUCUUGAGAAGUACACAAGCACUCGCCUCUUUCAUGGUGCUGGAAGAAAUGGUGCAUUAGUUUAA